AUGAAGUGUGGUAAAAAAGUAGUUUUAUUUACGCUCUUCGCGAUGAACCUAGUGGACCAACCAGCUCCCGAAGUUUCUAUUGAGCAAGGGACUUUAAGCGGUAAAAUAAGCACCGAUGGAUCGUUUUUCGAAUACAUAGGUAUUCCCUACGCUAGUACUAAUAGUACUACGAGGUUCAAGGCACCACUACCUCCACCAAAAUGGGAGGGAGUAUACAAGGCUGUCGACGAAAUGUACCAGUGUCCACAACAUCCAAUGGGCUUACCCAUUGAAGUAGUUGGUACAGAAGACUGCCUCAAAAUCAACGUGUAUGUUCCUGCAACGGCUCAAGGACCAUUACCUGUGAUGGUCUACAUUCAUGGUGGUGCUUACGUUCUUGGAAAUGGAGGAAAAAUGGUCAUUGGACCAGAUUUUUUAGUUAAACAAAAUGUGAUAUUAGUGACAUUCAACUAUAGACUUGGAGUAUUAGGCUUCCUAUGUUUACAUACUGAAGAAGCACCCGGUAAUGCCGGUCUGAAAGAUCAAGUAGCAGCUUUACGUUGGGUUAAGAAAAAUAUAGCUGCAUUCGGUGGAGAUCCAGAUAACGUUACCAUAUUUGGAACGAGCGCUGGUGCAGCAUCCGUGUCAUUGCUCGUUGCCAGCAAAUCCACUGAUGGUCUGUUCAAACGUGCAAUUAUGCAUAGUGGAUCAUCUUUAGCAAGUUGGGCCAUAAGCAACGACCCCAUAUCUGUAGCAAGUAAUAUUUUGACUCUAUUAGGAUAUGACACAAAAGAUCCAAAAGAAAUAUACAAAAUAUUUUCUAAAUUAGCAGUAAGAGACAUAGUUUUGGCAACAACACAUAGUCCUAUACCACAGCUUCUAACAAAUUACCUUUUACCGUUACCAUGUGUGGAGAAACAUAUACCUGGCGUUGAAUCAGUCCUAACAGACUUACCAUACAACUUAAUGACUAGAAAUCCGAAAAAUAUUUCUUUAAUGCUCUCCUCAACGGAUAAAGAGGGACUGUUCUUCAUCAACGUUGAUACAAAAGAAACAUUAGAGAGUAAGAACAAACAAACAGUGUUCGGAGAUGACUUAGUUUUUAAAACUAAAGAUGAAGAAAGUGAAAGCGACCGUGAAAUAAAAAAGUAUUAUUUUAAUGGAGCACCGAUAAGUGAAAGAAACAUUAUGAAUCUAUCUGAUUUAUACACACAUUCAUAUUUUGAGAUGCCAGUAAUAUUUGAGGCGGAGAUAAUGGCAAAGAAGAUUGAAGCUCCUGUGUAUAGUUAUUAUUUCACAUAUUCUGGAGGACGCAAUUAUGUCAAGUCCAGUACUAAAUAUAAAAACGUGGAAGGAGCUUGUCAUGGAGAUGAUUUAUUCUACACGUUCCAGGGAACAAUAUUGCCUUUCAGAGUUAACAAAAAUGAUCAAAAAAUCGUAGACUGGCUGACGAAAAUGUUAACCAAUUUUGCUAAAUAUGGGGAUCCAUCACCAAAAGGGGAGUUUCCAAUUAAAUGGCUUCCCCACACUAAAGAUCAAUUGAACUUCUUAAAUAUAGGCGAUACGUUGGAGAUGACCUCGAUGAGAAACCCUGAUUUUUAUCACACGUGGAAACGAAUUUACGAUAAAUAUCGAAGAAAUGAAGCUAAGUUAUGA